ACAGGGCACUGGCUUUGCUCUCGCUCUGGGGUUGACUCCUCGCACAAGAGUGGUCACACCCAUGAUUGCCGGCAGCAGUGGAGACCCUGCUGUGCCCACUGCCCGCAGUAGUUGGACCCCACCCAAAUUACAAUUUUCUCUGCUUGGAUCUGUGGCUGUGUGGGAAGGGAAAGGUAUUUCCCUUGAUGACACAAUUGGUGAUCACUGCAGCUGCCACAGAAGCUCUUGGACUGGAGGAUGGUAUCAGUAAAGAGCUGGAGUCUCCCAAGGGCUUCGACAGAGAGGAGACAACCAGCUGUAAAUCACUGCCAAAAGUCCUAGGGAAUUUGCAAAGCCAGUUGGUGUCACAGAUUUCAUCUUCCAGAAGGAGCUAUUUGCUGUGAGAGACACAGAUCCCAUGCACAACCUCUCUGCUCAGCCCUGGCAGGCAAAGAUGGCCAACCUGACCUAUGACAACUUCACCCUGGGCAACCACUCCGAGGUGGCCGUGCAGCCUCCCACCAACUACAAGACAGUGGAGCUGGUUUUCAUUGCCACUGUCACCGGCUCACUCAGCCUUGUCACCGUGGUGGGGAACAUCCUGGUGAUGCUCUCCAUCAAGGUGAACCGCCAGCUCCAGACUGUCAACAACUAUUUCCUCUUCAGCCUGGCCUGCGCAGACCUCAUCAUCGGGGUCUUCUCCAUGAACCUCUACACGGUCUACAUCAUCAAAGGCUACUGGCCACUGGGGGCCGUGGUGUGCGACCUGUGGCUGGCUCUGGACUAUGUGGUGAGCAAUGCCUCUGUCAUGAACUUGCUCAUCAUCAGCUUUGACCGGUACUUCUGUGUCACCAAGCCCCUGACAUACCCGGCCAGGAGGACCACCAAGAUGGCAGGGCUAAUGAUCGCGGCCGCGUGGAUAUUGUCCUUCAUUCUCUGGGCCCCUGCCAUCUUGUUCUGGCAGUUCAUUGUGGGCAAGAGGACAGUCCCUGAGAGGGAAUGUUACAUCCAGUUCCUCUCCAACCCAGCGGUGACAUUUGGCACAGCCAUUGCUGCUUUUUACCUGCCCGUGGUCAUCAUGACGGUGCUGUACAUCCAUAUCUCCCUGGCCAGCAGAAGCAGGGUAAGGAGGCACAAGCCUGAGAGCAGGAAAGAGAGGAAAACCAAGUCCCUCAGAUUCCUCAAGGGCCCCACGGUCAAACAGAAUAACAAUAAUUCUCCCAAGAGGGCCGUGGAGGUGAAGGAGGAGGUGAGGAAUGGGAAAGUGGAUGACCAGCCAUCUGCACAGACAGAGGCCACUGGCCAUCAGGAGGAGAAGGAGACAUCCAAUGAGUCCAGCACUGUCAGCAUGACCCAGACCACAAAAGACAAGCCCACAGCAGAAGUCUUGCCAGCAGGGCAAGGACAGAGUCCAGCCAACCCCCGGGUGAACCCAACUUCCAAGUGGUCCAAGAUUAAGAUUGUCACCAAGCAGACUGGGUCUGAAUGCGUCACCGCCAUUGAGAUCGUCCCAGCUAAGUCAGGUGCCUCUAACCACAACUCCUUGGCCAACAGCCGCCCAGUCAAUGUUGCCAGGAAGUUUGCCAGCAUCGCCAGGAGCCAGGUUCGGAAGAAGCGCCAGAUGGCUGCCCGGGAGAAGAAAGUCACCCGCACCAUAUUUGCCAUCCUGCUGGCCUUCAUACUCACGUGGGCACCCUACAACGUGAUGGUCCUCAUUAACACCUUCUGUGAGACCUGCGUGCCUGAAACAGUGUGGUCCAUCGGCUACUGGCUCUGCUAUGUCAAUAGCACCAUCAACCCAGCCUGCUAUGCCCUCUGCAAUGCCACUUUCAAGAAAACCUUCAAGCACCUUCUCAUGUGCCAGUACAGGAACAUUGGCACAGCCAGAUAAACUGGUACUCAGGGACCACUUCAGUAUCCUUAUGGAAACCCUUCCCUUUGCCUCCUUUGCCAGCGGGGGUUCUUCUGCUCACCACUCACAACAGUGCAGACUAUGCAGUGAUUGCAGAGGAUGCCCUUCAUCCAACGCUGACAAAAAUCCAAGGCAUUUCUGAGCUACAGGUCCUUCCAGUCACCCUGGGCCUGGGGACUAGCUCAGGGAGCCAGGGAGAAAACCAGAGGCAAGAGGAGAUGUGGUCACCAGGAGCCCUUCCCAGCUCCAUGCUCUUCAGAUUGGCCAAAUGGCAUCAGUGUUUCUCCUAAGACUGGAUGUACCUUUUUCCCCAGCUGACCAUCUCCAUGGCAUCAGAUCUUGUCUGCAUGCAGAUGGGCUAAUGCUGGAUGCUUUCCAUUGGCUUAUAAAACGUUUAUUACCCAAGAAAUGAAAAGAAACCAGGGUCAAACAUUGCUAGACAUCUUGGACCAGGCUGACUCAGGCAGGCUAAUGGGGAGUCCUGCUGGCCCAGGCAGACCCCCUGUGAAGGCAGUCAAGAUUGGACCCUAACAGAUGUGGCAAGAUGCUUCCUUUCCCUUGAGAGUGCCAUCAGACAUCCUCACCCAGGGUCCUGGGGCAGAAUUUUUCCCUGGGCUCUGGCUCUGCUCUCCCCCUCACAUCCUUUCUGCCCUCAGACAGCAAUUUGCUGGAAAGACAGACAGAUAAACCAAGCAUUUCACUCCUGGGUAAGGAGUGUGAAACCCAGUUGCCCCCGACAAUGAUGGAAACUAAAACUGGAAAGAAAAGCCCUGGUGUGGUGCAGGACUUCGUUCCACAGCCCUGGGGGAAUGGGGACCCUGAGUAGUGGGCAGCAGUGACUGUGAAAAUAACUGUCCUUGGGAGAGACAGGGGGGACCUGGGGGUCUCAGAAGGGUGGGAAGAGGGUCUACAGUGUGGCCAAGGGGCCCCGUGUCUCAUCUGGGCCAUGAGCAGGUCCCCGCUCUCCCUGCAGUGGGUGUGGGAGGCCUAAUGCAUGGCUCUGGAGGCAGGAGAGGAUGACGGUGGCCUCCAGCCCCCUCGUGCCCUGAGUGCAGGGGGCUCCUGCAGGGAGGCCAAAGGAGCCAGUUGCUGAGCUUUGUUCAUGGAUGUAACGCUGUCAUGGGUGUUGUGGCAGAGCCCUCAGCAUGCGGGCU